AUGUAUUCAGCUUCGAAUUCGUUCCUCGGCGGCGCAAACAGCGCUCGCCAACAGCAACAACAGCAGGCAUCACCAUUCCAGCAGCAGCAACCUGCUGGAUUCCCCCAGCAUGGCCUAACUGCUCAACCCACGGGUUUUCCUGGUGGUCAACAACUCCAACCUCAAUACACUGGUUUUCCAGGUGCUGCUAAUCCUACGGGUUUUCAGCAACAACCAUAUGGUCAACCGUCGCUCCAGCCACCGCAACAACAACAACAACAACAACCGCAAUUGCAGCCGCAAUUCACCGGUUUCCCAGGUGCCGUCCAGAACCAGUUCGCGCCCAGUCAACCAUCGCAAAUUCCGCAGCAACAGCAACAGCAAGCUCCAGCUCCUCAACAAUUUCCCAAUGCAUCCGCGCCACCCCCUACGAUCGCCGUUCACAAGACAUCAGCGCAGAUGGCGCAGUCUUUCAUUCAAGAUAGCGCGUCAAACCGACCUACUCCUCCGCCGAAAUCUGGGCCAAGAAUACCGAAUAUGAGGUUGUCGUUCAUUACGGCGGAAGACCAAGCCAAGUUCGAGCAGUUGUUCAAAGCUGCUGCUGGUGAUGAUGUGACCUUGGACGGGGACAAAGCUAGAGAUAUCUUGUUACGUUCGCGCUUACCUGGGCAGGAUCUGUCUAAGAUUUGGGUUCUCUCAGAUACUAAUAAGACCGGCCAACUUUUCUUUCCCGAGCUCGCAUUAGCUCUGUACCUCUGCAACUUGAGACUGACCGGCAAGGACAUUCCUUCGACUCUACCCGAGAAAAUUGCCAAUGAGGUUUCGUCAAUGGUCGACAUCAUUUCCUUCGGCGUCCCGGAUACACAGUCAAGCAUGCAACAGACUAAUGCUCCCAAGUUUGAUGCUCCUCUUAUGCAAAACUCUGCAGCGCCCCCUGCUCCAAAACAACCCACGCCACAACAACCAUCCAACUCGCAGCUCCUAAGUCAGCUUACCGCUCAACCUACUGGGUUCUAUAAUCAGGCGACUGGCUUCCAGCCGCAAGGUCUAGCACCACAGCCUACUGGUUUCCCGGGUCAGCCGCAACCUGUUCAACCUCAACCCACCGGUUUUCUCAGCAACCCGCAGGCAACUGGGUAUAACGGCCUGCGCCCUCCUAUGCCACCGAUUCCUACUGGCUUUGCUUCUCAGUUAUCCCCUUCUCAGACCGGAAUGGCUCCACUGACUGCCCAACCAACUGGGGUACCUGGUCAGUGGGGAUUCGUCAACACUCCCGCAACUGGACUACCGAACAUUGAUGCUCUCAAGCAACAACUCAUGCCACAGCCCGGCCGCGAAGGAGGCUUUAGUACACAUGGUCUUUCUGGUAAUGCAAAUAUUCCAUGGGCUGUUACUAAGGAAGAGAAGAAAAUCUACGAUCAACUAUUCCGUGCUUGGGAUGGUAUGAAUAAGGGAUUCAUUGGUGGAGCUACUGCUAUUGAGAUUAUGGGUCAAAGUGGAUUGCCAGCUUCGGAUCUAGAACGAAUUUGGACACUUGUUGACUCCAACGACAAAGGAAAGAUCAAUCAAGACGAGUUUUGCGUUGCUAUGCAUUUGAUUUACAGGAGACUUAACGGUUAUCCUAUUCCUACCCGCUUGCCACCAGAGCUGGUUCCGCCAUCGACAAGGAACCUGAAUGACUCGAUCGGUACUGUCAAGUCUUUGCUUUCUCAGGAUGCAGAAGCCCGCAAGACAAGUGGUGCUUUCCUUCAGCCACAGAAGACGGGUGUUAGUUAUCUAAAAGAUCACUCGUUCCGUGGGGGUGCUACAUCACCUGGUGCAGCAGGUCGUCGUGAUGCCACGAGAUACCAGAAUAGGGACGAAGUUGGUUAUCGUUCCAGUGCCCGUCGUAGAGUUGGUAAUGGUGGUCGUACACCUUCUCCAGCUGCUUCGUCUCAGGUCUCGGAAAGAUCCGAUGAGGAAUUAAGUGUUGAUCAGUUGAAGAAGAAACUCCACGAAACAAAGAUCAUGUUGGAUGCUGUCGAUUUUAGAGAUCAGAAUCAGGCCGAAGAAGAUGAUGCCAUGGACCGCCGGGAUAGACGCGAGGCUGAGUCUCUAAUGGACCGUAUUCGCCGUGUCCAAGACGACAUCGACACUGACCCAAAAUCCGCUUUCCGUCAUGUGGACUCCGGGGCAGAGCGCCGUUCACUACGCCGUCAGCUACAGUCUUACCAGGACAAGAUUCCUGAAAUUGCCUCUAACGUGCGCAAGGUUGAGAGAGCUAUCGCCGAAGCCAGACUUGAGCUUUUCCGCUUGCGAGAUGCUAAAGCCCAUCCUAACAGUGCCCUGAACAUCAUAUGCACCGGACCUGGAGCACUAUAA